UUCAUUAGAGGGAAUAACUGUAGGAAGUUGGCUGGAAGUGAUAUUUUACAUUGAUACAAAGGUCUGAUCCUGUAAUGAUUUUUGAUACUGAUAAGUAUGUGAUUUUGAGGUCAUGCCUGGUUAUUCCUGCAGCAUGAAAUUCUCUCAUUCUGUUUUUUCAUGGCUCUCAAAUAAUGCACUUCAGUAUGGAUUCUUCGUUGUGCUGGCCCUGUCGAUAGCGUCGUCGUCGUUGGCCGGCCACCUACGAGAGCGCAAGCUGAGGAGAAGAAACUUUUUGACGCAUCCUACUGAGGUCAAUAGAUGCAGCGAGAUUCUGGAUGGUGUGACUGGGCUCAUUGGGAACACACCGUUGGUGAGGAUUAGCUCCUUGAGUGAGGCACUUGGUAUCGAGAUACUUGGCAAAGCUGAGUUCCUCAAUCCUGGAGGUUCUGUCAAAGAUCGUGUCGCUCUGCGAAUGAUUCAGGAUGCUGAACGGCAAGGAUUACUGCACCCUCGGACAGGCUUCCGCAUAUUUGAGGGAACUGUGGGAUCUACAGGCAUUUCGAUAGCGACUAUUGCCAGAGCUAGAGGGUAUGACACGACAAUUAUUAUGCCGGAUGACGUCGCUGAAGAGAAAGUAAAAGCUCUACUGUGUCUUGGAGCUGAGGUACGACGUGUGCGGCCUGCCAGCAUUGUUGACCAAAAACAAUAUGUGAACAUGGCACGCCAAGCGGCUCUCCAGUUUGGAGUGGAGGACGUGGCUGAAGGGAUUGAGGGAAUGCAACUUAGCCACGAAAUACCGACGGGGUCGCCAUCUUCGGUCACCACGGAGACGUUGCGUGCCCAGACAGGGGAAAGGAUCGUCGACGACCAGGAUGAUGAUCCCGCAUCGAAGCCAAGAGGCUUUUUCGCUGAUCAGUUUGAGAACAAGAGCAAUUUCUACGCGCAUUAUGAGGGAACUGGUCCAGAGAUAUGGAGACAAACGAGUGGAAAACUCCACGCUUUUGUCUCUGGUGCAGGGACGGGAGGGACUAUUGGCGGCGUUGGUCAUUAUAUCAAGUCGAUGAACAAGGAUAUCAAGGUUGUGCUUGCUGAUCCCGAAGGCAGUGGCCUUUUCAACAAGGUCAAGUACAACGUGAUGUAUGACCGCAGAGAGGCGGAAGGAACGAAGAGACGCCACCAAGUUGAUACAGUCGUCGAGGGAAUUGGCAUCAAUCGUAUGACCAACAACGUUAGCUUGGCGCUCCCGAUCGUUGACGACGCGUUCCGGAUAACGGAUGCAGAGGCUGUUGCUAUGUCUCGAUAUCUCAUCAAACACGAUGGAUUAUUCCUUGGAUCAAGUAGUGCGUGCAAUUUAGUCGCAUGUGUGAAAUUGGCUCGUUUGUUGGGCUGGAAAGAGGGUCAGACGAUCGUAACCGUGCUGUGUGAUUCGGGUACUCGUCACUACUCCAAGUUCUGGAACGAUGACUAUCUUCGGAGAGCGAACAUUCCGAUUGACGAGACUCUUAUCGAAACGCUCCUCAACACACCAUAAUCAAGUAUUAGUAUAACCAGCGGAGCACGGGAAACCUAACGAUGCAUGCAGUACAGAUGUGGGCUAUGAUAUGAUGAGUUAGUACGGAUGCACAGGUAUUAUCGGUCGCGUGUAGUCGAAUCACUUUGCGGCCACGAGGACGAAGAUAUGGUAGGCGAGGCGAAAAGGGAUUUAGGUUGCGCAAUAGAGCUAUUGUCGCUGGUCGAGGGGAAAGCUGCGGUGCUAGGAGGGAUGCGAGACUGAUCCUUGGAAGGUGAGGUGGUGUGUGACUGUUGGGAAUGUCCGCUGGCUCUGCGAAAUCGAAGUC